UGGACAGCGAGGCUUUCACUUUGCUCAUUUCUACCAAUUCAGUUCGCCUCAAUUCCUUUAGCAGCUGAGCUUGCUACAUAUACAUAUAUAUGAUUCCGUUUCUUUGAGAGCCUGGCUUUUGUCAAGAUGUCUAUUCGAUCUUACUACGGUCCACACAAUAGGGCAACGAGGCUGGAAACGCUUCCACCAGAAGUCAUCCUGCAUAUCCUAUCAUACCUAGAUCUCCCUGAACUCGAUGCAUUGAGUCGAAUUUCACCAAUACUCAAGGGCUUAGCGCAAGAUCCAGUCCUCCACAGGCGGCGCAUCCUCAUCGUCGCACCAUCGCGCGUACAGCACGCACUCUUCGGAUACGGCGGCACAUUACGCCCUACCAUACCUGACCUAGUGCUGAAGAAUGUAUUGAGAGGAUUGGGGAUAGAAAGGCGAUAUAGGACGGGCCUAUAUUUCAAUUCGCGUGAGUCGGUAAAGCAAUACGAAACCUCGAAGAGAUUGCAGCUAUCGCACGUGCGCCACGUUCUAGCAGCUCACCUUCAACGCAAGUCACCUCAAGCGCUCAGGCGCGUAAUCCCCGACGCAGAAGGGUGCUCUCCGCGAUUACUACCUGUAGUACGGAGUCUGAAGUGGAGCAUAAGGAAAGAUGCACUUGCACGAAUGGUGCGUGAUCGCGAUGGAAAUAGCAUUAGCAAUGGGAGCCGAGUAGCGAGUUGGUUAGAGGGGCGUGGUCACGGGUUGUGGAAGGAGAACGAGCGGAUCCGGCUUGCGAUCUGCCCUGGGGUGGGGAAGUUUGUGAGGUUCUUUGAGAGUAUUGGCAAGUGAGCAGAGACGUUUUUUUUUGUGUGACGAUAGGAAUGAUGGUGGCUGGAUGACUGGAAUAUGAAUCACCAGUUCGUUGGGAUGAGAUGGCGAAGAAAUGCGUUGAAACGUGUAUGUACGACUAGUGGAUCGUGGACGAAGAACUUGAAGAAGUCGAGGGCAAUGUAUCGAGGCGUGAGAUUCCGUGGUGAUGGGGGUGAUGCGACUAAGGUCCAGAAGGCAUACCAACAGGCCUUUCUGUGGGCGGAAAAUCAAAAUACGCCGAAACGUAUUAGUCCAGAGCGAGGGCGCUUUGCUGAUAAGUCGACAUGGACGCGAAGAACGAGCGAAACACCCGCACCUGAUCCUCAUACGCGAGCUUGCUGUGUCGGUGAUUGGCUGGACAUAGAGCUGGUCUUUGAGAGCUUGCUUCCGUUCCGUCUGCUAUCCUUUUCAAAUCUGGACAGCCAUCUCCCGGUGAUGCGGUUUCGUCAGUGCAAAGAAACGCUCGGCCUGCCGUCUUCCUCCAGAUCUGCCAACGAUGCUUCCGAUAGACUUUGGCAAUCUGACGUACUUUUCUUGACUAGCUUCUCGUUCUGUGAUUCCUGGUUUCUCGCGGUGCAUGUUGGCUGGACCCUGCUUUCUGAAGGUGAAUUGCCCUAUCGCACAUCACGAUCUAUCUACAUGUAUUGCGCGUGAUCGGCUCUUAUUGUAUUCUUGCACAGUGAAAACUUUUCCUUCGUGCAUGUCUGAGUCUCGGGCGCUUCGGUGUACUAUAUUUGCUGUGUUCACGAUCUGGUAUUGUCAGCAGUGAAUAACAUAUCGCAGAGUCGAUAUAGUGAUUGACUCGAGUAGUCUAACGCUGUUCUUCCGUGUCGUGGUCGACAAGGAACGUGGCAAGCAUAUGCCGCUGCCCGGCAUGCAACAAUGCAAGACCAAGGAAGGAACUUAUGAAGACUGUACGUUACUGAGACACGAUUUCGAGGCGCGAGGCGCGAGGCGGGAUCAGAUCGACGAAAAUGCGAUUCGCAGCAUCCGAAUCGGGACUCAUAGAGCC